CAAUCUAUUGACGUUUUCAUUUCUUGCAGUGUGACAACAUCCCAAUGUCUCAAGCGACGCUUAUCUGCCGCCAGCGAUGACCAUGACCUUCAACGUCGACAUUUAUUACCGCAACCAGUGUCACAGAUGCCCGCCCAACCGAUGCAAACGCAAUCGAUGCCAACGCCGCUUCACCUGCGCACGGAUAAUAUACCGUGUGCCAACUCUGGCUGGCAUGCAACUACUUCACCGCCGUCUACCACCCCCGUCCCAAUGAUUGCCAAAAAGGAAGCGUCGCCCGUCAUGCAUCCUGAACGACGCGACAGUCUCGGCAGUACCGAAACAGACAGUACGUGCGACGACCACAGUCCUCGGUCGACGCAUUUCUCUUUAAGUGCUUUUCGUUUGGCUAAACCAGUGACCCCUACGUUGAGUCUCGAGACGCCAUGCCCCGUCUAUACGUGCACGGAUCGUCCAUUCGCAAGUUACGGCCAGGAUCACGGGUUACUUUUCUCUCCUCUGCCCAAGCAGAUGCAUUCAUCACCAGUAUCUAUGCCCACUGCUCCUCCUCCUUCAUUAUUCAGCAGUGUCAAUGAAGUGCGCUUGCCUCCCCUUCGUCAUAUUUUAAAUAACCAGGAAAAGCCCGUGGAACACGAUGCAGCCGCAGCCAUGAUUCAACUGGCCAAGCCGACUCAUGCACCUUUUGCCGAAGACAUGUUCCACCAACGUAAACUGGUUCCCUUUUCACAGCUGUCCUGUUCUUCCAAGCCCUCCAGCCCUGGAGUGAUGGUAUUCCACUGAUUGCAGGAUCGAUCGUUUUUGCAUUCAAAAAUGUUUUAAGAAACACCAUCCUUUUUUACCUUGUAUUUAUUUUAUUCUGAACUUUCCUCACUCCCCGCUUUGCACUCGGUUCUCUCCAUCUCCCCGCUCCCCUCGGACUAUUUUCUGAUGAUCUCCUCCCUCACUUCUACUGAAAUGUCAUCCUCUGUAUAUAAUUUGCCCCAGUUCCCUAUCAAUACAAAAGCUCUAGUUUUCAUCGCGCAAAGCACAUUACUGCAACUAAAUAUCCGCUUUUAUAUUCACCCGACACUCGCUCACCCAUCAUUGCAAUGAAUGAUAGGUACACAAUGGAUAGCAAAAUUACAUCUGAACGGUUUCAAUCGACCAAU